AUGAUACUGAAGUCCAACAGAAGAAUCAGUCCGAGAAUUACAAUCUGGCGAUUACUUUUGACGCUGAUGGUCACAUCAGUUGUCGGACAAAAAAUGUCGAGGACGAUUGAAAAGGAGAUUUGCUAUCAUCAGCAGGAGCUCGACAAACUGACAAAUGCUCAACGCCAGGACUGCUUCCACCAUCCAGCGGCGUUCAAGUACUCCCUGAUCGGAUUGAGAAGAGCCGAGGAAGAGUGUAAAAGGCUGCUUAUCAAAAACACAUGGAACUGUACUGGGCUUAUCGAGCAAGCGCAGAAGACGCUGAAAAACCACGACUGGACUUCAAUCAUGUCAAAGAGUUAUCCAGAAACCGCGUUUGCUAAUGCAAUGAUUGCAGCAGGAAUCACUUAUGAAAUAACAAAAGCUUGCAUCAAAGGACAAAUCAACGUCGUUCAUGGAUGCCAAAGAAAAACAUCAAAAAACUAUUAUAAGGACUUUUACAUCCACGAAGAUACAGUGGCUUCGACAAACUGUAUCGAUAAAUGCGUGGAAUACGCGAAGCAACGAGCAGAAGCAUUCCAAAUAAGGACUGAUUCUUCACUCGACUAUACUCUCGCUCGCAAAAAUCAAAAAGUUGGCGAACGACUUGUCUUCAGAUCAAGACGCGAAAGCUGCAGAUGUAUGGGUCCGUCAGGGAGCUGUACGUGGAAAUAUUGUGUAAAAAGCAUAGAAGACUUCAGCAAAAUAGCAUCAAAUCUCUACUCCAAAUACAAAGAAAAACCUUCACUACAGAAAAUAACCGUGAACAUGAAUGGGCCCCAGCCAGAUAUCAAAAGUAUACCCGACAGGAUACUUGUCUACAUGUUGCCGUUAGACAUCUGUUCGGCUAAUGGAGGCGCUAGUUCUGUAUCAUUACUCAAUCAAAACCGCGGAAGACUCUGCAAGCUUCCAAGGGACAAGAAGAAAACCUCAAAAAGAACGACAAUUGAAAAAUCUUCAAAGAAAAAAUCACGCCAUAAAAAGGGCAGAUAUAGAAGAAAUCAACGAAAAAAGAAUCUCGGAAAGUGUACCGCGAUCUGCUGCAACAAUAAUUUCAAAGAAGUGCAGAUAGUCGAAAAGUUCAAGCAUAAUAUGAAGUUCUCGUGGAACAAGGACGAACCGAUAUCCUGGGACGUGCGGAAAAGAAAUGUAACAUACGGCGUCUGUACCUAG